AUGGAGGACAGACCACGACCACCACCACCGCCGUCGCGCCAACAAGGCCAGUAUCGACGACACGCUGCGGAGAGACGCAGCCAGCCCCACACCCAGAGCAGCCUCAUCGACAUCGUCAGCGGACCUCAUCUUCCUUAUAAAGGCAGUUAUGGACGAUUAGCUGGAAGAAAAAUUGCUCUUUUAGCCCGUCAUGCCCACGCGCAUCAGCGUCGAGGAAAUCAGCAGCAGCAGAGCAGAUGA